AUGACUCAAACGAUGGCCUCACAUCGUCGCUCUGCUUCUUCAACUCAUCUCUCCAACAAACUCCUCAAGACGGCCCCGACUUCUCGUCCCGGUGUCCAUCGUCGUGGCACCUCGGCCAUUGCCCUUUCCAUCUCCAAAUUGGGUUCGGGUCCAUCUGCCCGAUCGCAGUCAAGGGCAACCGCGACGCUCGACGACGAUUCAGAUAUGGCCGCCAGUUUCUUGAACUUUUGUUGUCGCCGCAAAGACUCUGCCAAACCACUCUCGGCCUCUCUCUCCCCGACAGCCUCAUUCUCUACCAACUACCACCACCACCACCACCACCACCACCACUCCUCGUCGCCAUCCUCAAACACCCAUCUCACACCCGUCACAAUGCCCCCCUCCCCACCUACCUCACCUUCUCUCUCCCCGCGCACCAUUGUCGCCCCCAUGACUCCCACUCGAGUCUUGUCAUCGACUUCCGCCUCGGUGCCUUCCAUCAGGAUACCUGCCACAUUCCACGAGGCCAAGUCAGAUCUGGACCCCACCGAAUGGAAGCCCGUGUUAGGUUCCCGCACCACCAGUGCGGCCAGCAUGACUAGCACCACGAGAUCCCUCGCCACCUCCGACGCCUGGGGCUACCUCUCCCACUUCCACGGGGGUGCCUCGGCAAUGCUCACUCGUCGUACCCACCGCAGCACCGCCAGCCUCUCGGGCCUCGAAGGCGUGCCCACACCCUCGCUCACCCAUGCCCCCUCUGUCGCAUCGUCCGUGUCGAGCGCCGCCUCCUCGGAUGGCCAUGAGCAUGGCCAUGAACAUGAAUAUGAGCUCGAGCAGAAAGGACUGCACACACGCAUCCGCCGGCCGCUGCCACCCCGCCACAAUCCGUACUUUUCGCUUUCACACGCCGCUGAGAAUGGCAUCUCCCUUGUGGUUCCUCACGUUGCAGCCGUGACUGUGCAGGAUGUUGAGAGUGAUAGUGGCUCAAUCUUCCCGGCCAGCAGCGCCGUGUGGGAAGAUCACGCGUCGGGUAAGACGGGUGCACCUAUCCUGAUGCGUACCACUCCAACCAACAGUGUUUGA